AGAGAGAAAGAAAUCAACCUUGUAGAAACCGUACAAGCUCCCUUUGCCUCCCUCACGCUGUUUUGCUUGCACCUGCUGCAUGCGUGCAAAGGGCUUGAGCAGAAGGCACUACGGCAGUAGUAGGAGAAGCAGCAGCAGCAGCAGCGUUUGAAACACUUGCAUUGAGAACAGUUGGCACGGGCAUAUCUUGCGGGAGGCGUGUAUUCCUCAGCAGACUCCCAGGAACUUGGUGGCGGUGCUGCUCAGCUGCUGAGCUGCUCAGCUGCUGAUGCUGCCGGGGCUGAUGCGUUUGCCGCGGGGAGUCGAGGGAGCAGGAAGGCAACAAAUCAUCCAGACUAUCGGAAGGGGAGGCGUUUCCUUGCAUAAUAAUUGGGGGAAGAAGAAGCCCUUUGAAGAGCGCCCGUAAUGGACAAAUGUAGCCUUUUGGGAGAUGCUGUCAUUAUUUUUGUGUGUGUCCAACCCAUUUGCGGAGAUAAAAAGGAGUCGGCGAGGAGCAUCCAAGGCAAUUCUUUGGAGCCCCUGUUUUUGGUCAUUGUUCUCAUGUUCUGCUCCUGCAUUGCUAUUUGCUGACCUAUCCCAGUGGAAUCUAUGCCCUGCCUUCUGCAUUUGCUCCACCCUAUACGGUUCCAGCUGAGAAGAAGCACCGAUUCCCCGUUCCAAACCCUGCCACGAAACCCCCCACGAGGCACCUUUCGUGGACGAUAUACCUUUACGUUGAAAGUCUUUUGUCGGGACGUGACAUUGUUGCCAUUCAACGGGAAAUGACAUUUUUUGCAAGCUCGAGGAGCAGGGAAGAAGGAAAGGAAACUACCUGAAAUCACUAGCAAAGAAGGGGCGAUACCAUAUCUCCUUUAAAGAGCUCACCGGCCACAUUCCACCAAGACCAGGAAGAUCAGAAUUUAGGAAGCUCGGGGAAAAGAUGCCACUCAAAAUAGUCGUAAAUGUAAAUGAUGGAUUGCAGUGUGCCAUCUAGAAGUGGGUUUUAGCACAUGCUUUUGGGUUGCGACUAUAUCUCUGGCCUGCAUGAUGCCCGAAGACAGGAAUACGGGGGUCCGUGCCUCAGGUGCCUUAGCAUCAUCCCCCUUUGUUCCCAAAACUACCUACAGGAGAAUCAAGCGGUGUUUUAGUUUCCGCAAAGGCAUUUUUGGGCAGAAGCUGGAAGACACCGUCCGUUACGAGAAAAGAUAUGGAAAUCACCUGGCGCCCAUGUUGGUGGAACAGUGUGUGGAUUUUAUCCGGCUGCGGGGGCUGAAGGAGGAGGGGCUUUUCCGACUGCCUGGCCAGGCUAACCUCGUCAAAGAAUUACAGGAUGCUUUUGAUUGCGGAGAAAAGCCAUUGUUUGACAGAAAUACAGAUGUACACACAGUGGCGUCGCUUUUGAAGCUGUACCUCAGAGAGCUCCCAGAGCCAGUCAUUCCGUACGCCAAAUAUGAAGACUUUCUCUCCUGCGCCAAACUACUCAGCAAGGAAGAGGAAACGGGGCUGAACGAACUAGUGAAGCAAGUGAAGAGUUUGCCACCUGUCAACUUCAACCUGCUAAAGUAUAUUUGCAGAUUCCUUGAUGAAGUUCAGUCCUAUUCUGGAGUCAACAAAAUGAGUGUGCAAAACCUGGCUACUGUGUUUGGUCCCAACAUCCUGCGUCCCAAAGUGGAGGAUCCCUUGACCAUCAUGGAAGGUACUGUUGUUGUCCAGCAGCUGAUGUCCAUGAUGAUAAGUGAGCACGAGCUGCUGUUUCCCAAGGAUGGGGAUGUCCAAAGCGGGCAGGAGGUGAGCAAUAACAACAACGAGGUCCAAAAGAAAGUCAUCGGUCAGCUCCAGAACAAAGAAAACAACAACACCAAGGAGUCCUCACCACUGAGACACUGUUCUUGGGAUAAACCAGAGUCUCCCCAAAGAACCAUUGUGGAGAAUGGCUCUCCUACAGCUCAGCCUGGGAGCAAGUCAAAUAGCCCAAGGAACAGCAUUCACAAACUGGACAUCACCAGAAGCCCACCCCUUAUGGUGAAAAAAAACCCAGCGUUCAAUAAAGGCAGUGGCAUCGUCACCAAUGGAUCCUUCAGCAGCUCUGUGGAGGGUCAAGAGAAGACAUCGCCAGCCUUGCCCAAUGGUACCUUGCAGAGCAGAAGAACAUCUUCCCUGAAAGGGCCAGUCACCAAAAUGGGCACCCACAGCGUGCAGAACGGAGGGGUGCGAAUGGGCAUCUCCAGCACAGAUGCCCACAGCAACUCUCUGAACAGCCGGAACCAGGGCUGGAUGUCCAAUGGGUAUGUGACACUGCGGGACAACAAGCAGAAGGAGCCCACAGGGGACUCUGGCCAGCACAACAGACUCUCUACUUAUGACAACGUGCACCAGCAGUUCUCCAUACUGAAUGCCGAAGACAAGCAGAGCGUCGACAGUGCAACUUGGUCCACUUCCUCUUGCGAAAUUUCCCUCCCCGAACAUUCCAACUCCUGCCGCUCCUCGACCACCACUUGCCCCGAGCAAGACUUUUACGGGGCCAAUUUUGAAGACCCCGUCCUCCUGGAUGAGCCCCAACACGAAGACCUCUCCAACCAAGGAGAUUAUGAGAACAAAGGCGACCGCAGAAGCGUCGGGGGGCGCAGCAGCCGAGCGACGAGCAGCAGCGACAACAGCGAAACGUUUGUUGUCAACAACACGGGCAACCACAGUGCUUUGCAUAGCCUCGUGUCGAGCUUAAAACAGGAAAUGGCGAAACAGAAGCUGGAGUAUGAAACAAGGAUAAGAAGUCUUGAACAAAGGAAUCUCUCCCUGGAGACAGAAAUGCUUGGCUUGCAUGAUGAACUGGAACAGGAGAAGAAAAAGUUCACCAUGGUGGAGAUUAAAAUGCGCAAUGCUGAGCGGGCCAAAGAAGAUGCAGAGAAGAGGAACGACAUGCUGCAGAAGGAGAUGGAGCAGUUCUUCUCGACAUUUGGGGAGCUGACAGUCGAGACACGUCGGCCAGAAAGAGGGAACACCAUAUGGAUCCAGUGAGCGCUGCUGCUGCUGCUGACCAAGACUGUGGGAUUCUGGGAAGAGGGUUGUUGGGAUAUUAUAUUGUAACAGGUGACUGGUCACCUGACUGAGGCUAGCACUCAACGUAACGUCGACCCUCAGAAGAAGACGCCAUGCCUAUGUCCACCAACCACAUCUGCCAUGUGUACUUUUUAAUUGAGAAAUCAUAUUCUUUGAAUGCAUCGUAAUGCAACCGUUAAGUGUUACAACUGGAUUUGUGUAUAUAGAUUUUAAAUAGGUCAUCCGAGGGAAGGGGGGAUAGUAAGAGACAAGAAGAAAUAUUUUAAUGCAAGUCUUAUAUUUAAACUGGCAAACGGAACCUUCAUUGCAAUUAAGCUUUAUAUUGAGGCUUUUUUCCCCUUGCACUUAAUUAACAUAAUAAGCUAUUUUUGGCAUUGUGUCACCAUCAGCUUAUUUUGUAUAUUACUUUUUUUUUCCUUUGGUUGCCCCUCUCGCUGGGGAAUUAAGAUACACAUCUAUCUAUAUAUAUAGAUAUCUAUAUAUAUAAUGUUAGCUAUUAAACAAAACAAAAAGGAUAUUGUGUGACUGUGCUGUUUGUGCCAAUGGAUUUGCCCAUGACCAAAAAA